AUGCACAGAGCGUGGAUACUCUUCUUUCUCAUAGAAGAGGGUUUCGCUCUGGCACAGAGAACUAAAGAUUCCCCGAGCGAACAUGGGGGCCAGAGCCCCAACCAGAACGACUGUGGCACGUGGGUCCGCAACAUCAACGGUGGGGUGUUCACAUCGCCGAAUUACCCCAACACCUACCCACCCAACAAGGAGUGUGUUUACAUCCUGGAAGCUCUCCCUAGACAAAGGAUUCAGCUGGCUUUUGAUAAGAAUUACUACAUCGAGCCGUCGUUCGAGUGCCGCUUCGAUCACAUCGAAAUCCGUGACGGGCCAUUUGGAUUCUCGCCGCUCAUCGAUCGUUUCUGCGGGGGCAAGAACCCGGGCCUGGUUACGUCCACGGGCCGUUUCAUGUGGAUCAAGUUCACCAGCGACGAGGAGCUGGAAGGCCUCGGCUUUCGAAUCAAGUAUACCUUCAUUGCAGACCCUGAUUUCCAUCUGCACGUGGGCGGACUGCUAAACCCCAUCCCAGAUUGUCAGUUUGAAAUAGGUGGAUUUGAUGGUAUUAUUCGCUCCAGUCAGGUGGACGAAGAAGAGAAAGUGAAGCCUAGCGAUGCUCUGGACUGUAUCUGGACCAUCAGGGCUCCUCCACAGUCCAAGAUCUACCUGCGCUUCAUGGAAUACCAGAUGGAACACUCUAAUGAGUGCAAGAAGAACUUUGUGGCUGUUUACGAUGGUAGCAGCGCCAUCGAGAACCUCAAAGCCAAGUUCUGUAGCACCGUGGCCAAUGAUGUGAUGCUGGAUAACGGUGUGGGAGUCGUGCGAAUGUGGGCCGAUGAGAAGAGUCGACUCAGCCGCUUCCGCAUGCUCUUCACCUCGUUUGUGGACCCUCCCUGUUCAGCCAAUACAUUCUUCUGCCACAGCAACAUGUGUAUUAACAACUCUCUGGUGUGUAAUGGGGUUCAGAACUGUGUCUACCCAUGGGAUGAAAACCACUGCAAAGAGAAGCGAUCUAAGGGUCUCUUCCAUCAGAUCACAAAGACCCACGGCACAGUCAUCGGAGUUUCAUCAGGCAUCGUUUUGGUUCUUCUUAUCAUCUCCAUCUUGGUCCAGAUGAAGCAGCCGAGGAAAAAGGUUGUAGCUCGUCGGCCUGGUGUUUUCAACAAGGCAGGCUUCCAGGAGGUCUUUGACCCACCCCACUAUGAGCUCUUCUCCCUGCGUGAUAAAGAGAUAUCCUCAGACCUGGCUGAUCUGUCUGAAGAGCUGGACAGCUUCCACAAGCUACGACGCUCCUCCACCAUGUCCCGCUGUGUCCAUGAGCACCACUGCGGCUCGCAAGCCUCAGUCGCUACUGGAGGUGGCAGUAUGAAGCACAGCCGCACCACCCUUAGCUCCAUGGAGCUGUCCUACCACAACGACUUCUCCAAGCCACCGCCAAUGAAGACUUUCAACUCCACAGCCAGCUACAAGAAAAGCUGCUACGGCUACAAGCAGCACUCACAGACUCACGACUGCGACCAGCAGGUCAUUGAGGACCGCGUCACAGAGGAGAUCCCCUGUGAGAUCUAUGGGCGUGGGGGAGGAGGAGUUGGAGGAGCCACGGGUGGAGCGUCAAUGGGAGGAGGAGCAUCAGGGAUAGCAGGAGGAGGGAUUGGAGGAGCGACGGGGAUAACGGGAGGAGUGGCGAUGUCAGGAGGAAUGGGGAUGCCAGGGGGAAUGGGGAUGCCAGGGGGAAUGGGGAUGCCGGGAGGAGUGGGGAUGCCGGGAGGAGUAGGGAUGUCAGGAGGAGUGGGGAUGCCUGGGCCAAGUGGCAUCGCUGGAGGUAUUGGUGGCGGGAUGGCGGGAGUCUGUGGAACGCUCAGUGUCCGUGGCAACAGCGCUCGUAACAGUACCACCGUAGUUGACCCCCAACAGCGCUCCAUGUCCAUGGACUUCUAGAUGGAGAAGGGAGGAAGAGUAAAGGAGAGGAAAUGCAAACAGCUCGCAUUUCACUCACUGAAAGAAGAGAAGGAAGAGGAGAAGGAGAGUCACAAUGGUCCUUAAUUGAUUGCCCCUGUCUUCUCCUCUGCCUUUGCUCUCCAAACAGUAUUAAUGGUGUGGCAGGUAACACUUUGGGGAAGAAUGGGAAACAAGA